GGUGGAUGAUGCUGCGGCAAGCGAUCUACGGCGCGCUCAAAGCCUCGUUCUACUGGCUCGGCUUGUUCGUGAGCCGGCACCCGGUGUUCUUCCUGACGGUGCCCGCCGUCCUCACGGCGCUGCUGGGCGGCGCGGCACUGCGUGGAUUCGCGCCCGAGGCUGAUCUGGAACGGCUGCUCGCGCCAGCGCACAGCUUCGCCAAGGUCGAGCGGCGCCUCGCCUACAGCCUCUUCCCGGUGGAGCGCUCCAAACACCGCCUCUAUUCGGACCUGCACACACCGGGCCGCUACGGCCGCCUCAUUUUGCUCGCGAAACGCGGCGCCAACGUGCUCGAGCUGGCCGAGCAGGUGCUGCGCGUGCACCAGCACGCGCUGGAACUGCGCGUCGCGCAUCGCGGCUUCAACUACACGUUCGCGCACCUCUGCAUGCUCGGGGGCCAGCGCGAGCCCCGCCGGUGCGUCCUCGAUGAUAUAAUCGCGAUCUUCGAGGACAUCCGCGAGGCCGUUUUAAACAACAACACGUUCACUAAAGUGCCAGUGAGCUUCCCGAACACCACGUUAAGGGAUGGCCGAGUGGCGUUUAUCGGGCACCAGCUGGGCAGUGUUGUGCUGGCACCCCAUGGCCGUGAGAGGCAUGUCAAGUCGGCAAGAGCCGUCCAGAUCACCUACUACCUACGUCAGCUGGCUCCCACUGGACAGGAUGCUAUUGCUGAGAAAUGGGAGAAUGAGUUUGGCAAGAUGGCGCAACAUUUAGCAGCAACCAGCCCUGAUCUACAUGUGCAGGCAUUAACAUCGUUUGGUCUGUGGCGCGACUUCCACGCUACAGGUGCGCUGGCGAAAGGUGAAGUGCUGGUGGGCCUGGUGUUGGUGCUGCUAGCUGCCACCAUCUCCAGCUCUAUGCGUGACUGUCUACGUGGUAAGCCCUUCCUGGGGCUGCUUGGUGUCCUCACUGUCUGCAGUGCCAACGUCACCGCUGCAGGCAUCUUUUUCAUCUCGCACGGCAAGUUUAACUCCACACUGCUCGGUAUCCCCUUCUUUGCCAUGGGGCAUGGAACCAAAGGAGUGUUUGAGCUCCUGGCUGGUUGGAGGAGAACGCGGGAGAGUCUGCCCUUUAAAGAGCGAGUGGCAGAUGCCUUUGCUGAUGUGAUGGUAUGCUACACCAUGACAAGCUCAUUGUAUAUUAUCACUUUUGGCAUGGGCGCCAGUCCUUUCACCAACAUCGAGUCUGUGAAGGUGUUCUGUCAGAGCAUGUGUGUGGCCAUCCUGGUAAAUUACUUCUACGUCUUUUCCUUUUAUGGGUCCUGCCUGGUGUUUGCCGGCCAACUUGAGCAGAACCGCUACCACAGCGUUUUCUGCUGCAAAAUCCCCUCUGUAGAAUACCUGGACCGCCAGCCCACAUGGUUCAAGACCAUGAUGAGUGAUGGCCAUGAUCUCUCCACACACCAUGACAGUAUGCCCUACCAGAAUCACUUUAUUCAGCAGUUCCUGAGGGAGCAUUACACGGAGUGGAUUACUAACACAUAUGUCAAGCCCUUCGUGGUCAUUCUCUACCUGAUUUAUGCCUCGUUUUCAUUCAUGGGAUGUUUACAGAUCAGCGAUGGCUACAAUAUAGUGAAUUUAUUAGCCAGCAAUUCACCGAGUGUGUCAUUUGCCCUGACCCAGCAGAAAUUGUUCAGCAACUAUAGCCCAGUGAUAGGAUUCUACAUCUAUGAGCCCAUUGAGUACUGGAACUCCACAGUUCAGGAGCACCUAAAGACACUGGGGCAGGGAUUCAAUAAGAUUUCCUGGAUUGAUAAUUACUUUAAUUAUUUGAAGGUCACCAACGUCAGUGUGUCGACCAAAAGUGAUUUCAUAAAUAUUCUCAAGACUUCAUUUCUCAGAAGACCAGAGUAUCAGCACUUCACCGAAGACAUCAUUUUCUCAAAAAAUGGUGAAGAGUAUGAUAUCGUCGCAUCCAGGAUGUACUUGGUAGCCAGGACCACAGAGAAAACGAGGGAGGAGGUGGUGGAGCUGCUCGAGAGACUUCGACCGCUCUCUCUUAUAAACAGCAUCAAGUUCAUAGUCUUCAACCCCACCUUUGUGUUUAUGGAUCGCUACAGUUCGUCGGUCGUCUCCCCCAUUUUAACAUCAGGUUUCAGUGUCCUGACCAUCCUCAUCCUCACUUUCUUCCUCGUCAUUAACCCCUUAGGGAACUUCUGGUUGAUUUUGACCGUCACCUCUGUGGAGCUGGGUGUCCUAGGCCUCAUGACACUCUGGAAUGUAGAUAUGGACAGUAUCUCUAUCCUGUGCCUUAUUUAUACUCUCAACUUUGCCAUGGAUCACUGUGCCCCUCACCUCUACACAUUUGUACUGGCCACAGAGCACACCAGGACCCAAUGCAUCAAGAUUUCGCUCGAAGAGCAUGGGGCAGCCAUUUUACAGAAUGCCUCAUGCUUUGUGAUUGGGAUAAUGCCCCUGCUCUUUGUGCCUUCCAACCUGACCUACACACUGUUCAAGUGCUCGCUACUCACCACCGGAUGUACAGUGCUGCACUGCUUCGUCAUCCUCCCGGUGUUUUUGACUUUUUUCCCUCCCUCCAAGAAACGGCACAAGAAAAAGAAACGGGCAAAGAGGAAAGAGCGGGAGAGGGAGCGGGAGAGGGAAGAGAUCGAGUGCAUCGAAGUCAGAGAUAACCCCGACCAUGUGACCAGUGUCUGAGAUGUCUGUGUGAGUGUAAUAGGGAAUGUCCCGUCCAGUAGGACGAAAACACAUGUAGCAUUUCACAGGUCAUGAGGGUCUAAGUGGAUCCACCUUUUCAAGUGGGAAGACCCUCAACAAUUCCACUAAUGGGCAAGGUUGCUUUCUAGAGCAGAAAGUCUUCUUACGUUCUUACCAUUAAUCCAGACUAGUAUAUAGCAUCUGCCUGCUUCUGUUUACAGGUCACCUCUUAUUUAAGUAAGCUAGAAAUCGGACGUCUGGGAGGUACAGCCUGCAGAUCAUGUUUAAAUUAUAGCACGAACUGCUAAAGACACUGGGAGCUAUUUCUCAAGGAUUGACAGAAGACAGAGAAAGUAAAUACUAACACUAUUCUUAAUACCGAGUCUUAAAUUGUCCAAAAUUGUAGCCUAUGUUUUAAAUGUGGCCAGAAAUCGAUGUUUAUUAAUGAAAGGCUGAAAAAUAAUAUAUUUAAGAUGAUUGAAAAUCCUGUGUGCUGAAUAUGUAUUUUUAUUAGACAAAAUGUAUAGACUUGGAAUUCAGUAAUUGUUGUAUUGGUUAUCAGAUAUGUGCAAAAUCUAAUGAGCAAGCUUUCCUAAAUGUAGCAUGACGUUGAGCAGAGCAGAUGGUAUACACUGUCCAGUCUACACAAAUGAACAGGAAGGUACGAUUUCAAUGACGUUACACUGGAACGAGGUGUCCUUUGUAAUCAGUCGAUGCUUUUUUCUUCCUUUUGCAGCAUAUUGAAGGUGUAAUACAAGGAACAACAAGCAUGUGUUGAGAAUGAACCAAACAUUUUGAGUACUUAUAUGUGUCCAAAACAAUAGCUGAAUUGAAGUGGAUUAAAAAAAAAAAAAGACACUAGAGUAGACGUCGUAGUGACAUCGAACGAACAUUUCCAAAUUAAUACCCAUUACUGUCAUCACCAGACCUUUGUAUUAACUGUAUAUUCACCCACAUUUACAUGUAUUCUGUUGGCAGUUGCUUUUGUUCCAAAAAAAAUAAAAUAUAUCUAUAGCUUGACUCACUAGUACGGCAAGUAUACGAUCUAUCCUGAGGAGCUGACGACAAGGCGAGUGUUAGAAAAUUAGAUUAUCCACCAGCUGAAAAAAAAGCAAGUGCAAAAUAGCUGUAGGAAGAACAGAGGCUGCAGAAACGAAUCGCAGUAAUUAGGAAUAAUUUCUAGAACAUAGCGAAUAUUAGCUACAGUCUUAUCAACUAAAAUAAAAAAAAACCUUAAAUCAUUAACAGUAACAAUAGUGUAGUAAGAGAUAAUUACCACAGGUGAUAUCACAACGGUAACAAAAGGUACAAUGCACACCCUGCCAUUACAGAUAUAUAAUGUUGUUAGGCUUCAUUUAAUUAUUUAUUUAUUUUUAUAUUGCCUUAUAUAUUAUAUAUUAUAUAUAUUAUGGUCCUUUGAUUUUUAAGUACAUGUUUUAAAGGAACAUUCAGGAUUCAGAUUUAACUUAUGAGCGACUAUAACUUAUUGCAGGUAGUUUAAUAUUAGUCAUCUAUUAAUUCAACCUCGAGUUUAGAAUAGCAUAAAAUGAUAUAUUUGAAGUUGAUUGAGUAUUUUAAGAGCUAGUAGUUCAUUUAUCCUUGUUUGUGAAAUCCAUGGGUAAAAAAACGUCGUCUAUGGCAUUACGCUGGGCAAAAUAAAAGGCUAGCUAUCGACUACAAAAUGCUAUUAAAUAUCGGUGAAUCUUCUCCUGUUAAACAUUGGGUUUUCUAUGUCGAUUGUCAACAAUUUGAUUUUUAUUUGACAAAACUAGCAUGUAUGAUUAUUGCCAGAGAUUGUUGCCAGUUUUAGAUUCAUUUGCCAUUACUGCUCCAGUCCAGGGUGUAAUAGUGAAGAUAUCGCGUAAUUAUUCCAAAGACGGAGAACCGAAAGAAAUCCACAUUAUUCAGUGUUUCAUACAUUAUAGUCUCAGGAUUGUAAAUCUGGAAGAAUUAAUUCUCCUUUUAGGGCAUCAUGUAAUUCAGCAUCGUCUUAUUAAUUCAUUAGAAUUCCUGAUUUCUGGGAGUACAGGCGAGACAGGCCGACGUGCACCAAAAAGUGAGCAUGAAUACAUAGCGCUUACAGAACAUUACAUCGAAUCCAACACUAAACCCAUAUUGAAGCAGUGAUGGCUUAUUGAAGAGGAUUUAUAUUGUCUCUCAGAAGGUCAGGCAGUGAACACCUUGUGUAAAAGUCCACCAUGUUCAUCUAACCAGCUGCUGAAAGCAAAUGAAGAUCUUGAUGUGUAAUCGAUGAUGGCAUCACUAUGUAAUUCUUAUGUAGGAAGAGAGAGGGCAUGCCAGUGAAGUAGGCUAUAUAAAGAAAAAGAAAUGCAUUAAAUCAUAUUCUUCCCAACUCAAGAAUGACUGUCUACGCAUGUGACGUAUGUAUGCAUGUAUUUACUUAGUGUGCAUUUUUUUUGUUUUUACAUUUUGAGAAAUGUUGCAACAGUAUGCUUUUUUUUAUCAAUAUCAUCUUGUUAGUAACUCGUUAUCUGUGUUGUACU